UUUUUAGACUGGAAAAUUGAUUUUAUUUAAUUUUUUUUCGACAGGAAAAUCUAGAUAUGAUUUAAAUAACUUUUUGAGUAAAAAAUAGGUACAGAUUUUUAUAAUGGAGAUGAAAAAUAAUUUUAAUUAACUGCUCAAAUAUAUCUACCUACUUAUGCAAAAAACAAUUUUUUGCAUUUUUUAAAAUGGUAAUCCUGUACGUUUGUCCUAUUGCCUUACAAUAUUAUGUUUCGUGACAAAUUGAUAAACAAAUUGUUUAUCAAAGUGCAAUUCGAAUCUAUUAAAAAUUUUAAAAAGUUAAAUUUUCAAAUUCUUUGGUGCAAUUUUGAACCAGUGAUAUUCACAGUGCAUAGAUCUUGGAAUUCUGUUUCAUCUCAGAUAAAGGAUUUUCCUACAUCAAUCGCAAGUUUACAAUCUGGUAAUUAAAUCUCAGCUGCUCACAAGGUCAUUUAUUUGUACGAGUAAUCCUGCCAAAAUUCUUUCAACCACACGUGGAAAAUUUUACUUUAAUGGAAGGUUUUUACCAUAAGUAAAUGCGAUCGCUAAUAAUUUUCAUAUUACCUACAUCAUUAUAAUGGCAGAACGAAGAAAACGCUUGCCAUACAAAAGAUGGCUUAAAGAUUUUGAUGUAGAAAUACCCAGGACAACUACUAAUUCCCGAAAUAAGAGAAUACAUUUAGUUGAAAACGAAAUUGCUGAAGGUGGAAGGAAUGACAAUCCCUGUGAUAUUACAAUAAUAUAUGAAUCUGAACUAAAUGUCGUAGUUCCUGAAAAUCAAGAUCAAGUGCCUAUUGAAAGAGAAGGCAGAGAUGAUCCUCCAUCUUCAUUUCAACUGACUUCAGAUGUUGAAAUUCCAUCACCAGAUAUCACUUUAGAAUGUGCAGAUUCUGAUAAUGAAGCAGUAAAUGACCACAAUUGCACUGACAGCAAUUAUAAUCAAAUGUUUGCCGAGGGAUCUUCCAUCACCUUGAUUGUGGCAGAAUUAUUAAUAAUAAGUUUUGCAAUAAGGCACAAACUGACGGACACAGCUAUACAAGAUUUACUAGAAUUGAUCAAUAUUCUGAUACCACAUUCUGCACUGUCCAGAAGUCGGCACUUAUUUCUAAAGAAGUUUGAUAGCAAGGAAAAUGUUAAAAUGAUGAAAAAAUUCUACUGCUCAGUAUGCAAUACAUCAAUACCAGCAGAUUCAAAGAUUUGUGGAGAGUGCAACCACAAUUGUUCCAGUGAUUUUUUCUACUAUUUUCCGAUUGAAGAUGCUUUGACAGAAUUUGUGAAUAGUCCAGAUUAUCUAAUAAUGGUGAAUCGUCGUAAAUAUAGUGACGUAAAUGAUUCUUCAUACGUCAAGAAUAAUAAAAAUAUAGCAACCACUGAUAUCACAAUCCAGUUCAACACAGAUGGAGUUUCUCCACACCAUCAAUCAUCUGCAAGCCAAUCGCUAUGGCCUUUACAAGUUAUGAUUAAUAACUUACCACUGGCGUUGAAACGUAAAUACUUGCUGCUUUGUGGUCUAUGGUUUAGUGCAACAAAACCUCCUAUGAAUUUGUACUUGAAAUAUUUUGUUGAAGAGAUGUGUAAACUUCACAAAGAUGGAAUAUUGAGAAAAAAUGAUGGUAUAAUGGUCAGAGUACACGUCGUUGUGUGUGUUUGUGACUCGGUAGCGCGUCCUACACUUCAAAACAUAUCACAGUUCAAUGGUAAAUUUGGCUGUACAUAUUGCCUGCAAGAAGGCACCAUUGUUGAGAACACUCGUAUCUAUCCAAAAAUGUGCAUCGAACCGCUUCGAAACCUGCAGCAGCAUAUGAGAGAUGCGCAAAAAGCCAUUGAAGCUGAGAAACCUGUUAAUGGCGUCAAGGGUCCAUCUGUAUUACUGUUAUUACCAAAUUUUGAUGUUACGCAGUGCUGUUCUCCAGAUUAUAUGCAUUCCAUGUUACUUGGCGUUGUAAAGUUAUUUGUAGAAGAGUGGUUUGAAUCUUCAAACCAUACAGAAGCAUGGUACCUCGGAGGGAAAAAGACAAAUUUUGAUGAAAAAUUAAUGGCCAUUAGGCCGCCUUGUGAGAUCAGUAGACCUCCAAGGUCAGUUGUACAUAGAAAAAAAUGGAAGGCCAGCGAACUGAGAAAUUUUGUGCUAUAUUAUUCCUAUUAUUGCCUUGAUGGUUUAUGGCCAAAUUCUUAUCUAAGACACUGGUCGGCACUAAUUUGCAGUCUAAGUAUAUUUCUCUCUCCAACUAUUUCAGAACAUGACUGGAUUAAAGGCGCAGAGGCCUUAGUUUUCUUUGUAGAACAAAUUGGAAAAUUAUACAAUGAUAGCUUCUAUAAAUUCAAUGUGCAUUUAAUGUUGCACAUUCCAAACUGGGUGCAACAGUUUGGGGCACUGUGGUCAUCCUCAUGUUUUCCAUAUGAGCACUACAAUGGUGUACUGAAUAAAUUAUUUGUUAAUGGUACAGGUGUACAGCAGCAAAUCUGUAAACGUUAUUUUCGAUAUCAAAAAGUAAUGAAAACUGCAGAUGAGAUUUUCUUGGACGAGCACUUGAUUAAUACACCUCUGUAUUGUAAACAAUUCAUCACUCAUUUAUUACAUGAUGAUGACGAUGAAAAAUUUAAUUAUGAAGACGAAGUUUCAGAUUUUCUGAAAUUCUCUUCCAGAACCAUGGAUCAACAUCUCGAUGUAUUAACAAAGAGAAAAAUAAAAGCUGUUAUAAAUUCUCCUUUUGAAGUGGCUGACUCUGCAAUUGUUUAUCAAUUUUUUAAAGUAAAGGGCAUGCUUGUUCAUUCGUAUGACUACUGUGACUUGAAAAAAAGGAACAACAGUGUGGUAAAAUUAGAAGAUGGCUCCAUGGUAAUAGUUUGCAAAAUUUUCAAAGUCAAGUUACAUGAUGACAAUGGGGUUGAGGUAGAUGCCAAAGUUGUUAUUGAAGUGCUUCCAUUAAAUCCUCAACCAGUACAUUCUCAAGACAGACCACGUUUAAAUAAAUUCAUUCGACCGGUUAUCAAGAGGCUUAAAAACAAUCCUUCAUCACAGAGACGCAUUUUAUUGCCAAAAAUGUUGGAGAAGAAAUGUGUUUAUAUUACCAAUGAUGAUCAAGUUUCAUGUUAUGUACUUCCAUUAAUUAAUUAUUUAGAAAAUGGCUGGUAAUUAUAUUGUAGGCAGUAUACAAUAAUUUUAUUACUCAAGUGCUGAUGUAAAUUACAGAUUUUAAUCAUUAUAAAUAGAUUUCUUUGAAAUUAAUAAAAUGAAAAAAUAUUACUGGUGGGGGCCAUGGGCGAGGUCGAUUUGAAAAACUACGGCUAUAUUCGUGUUCAGCGAUACCGAAAACAUACUAUUUCAUGUGUCAUACGAUUGAAACCAAUUUUUUUUAGGUUACCCCCCUUUGGGAGGUGCUGGGGGCCGUGGAUGGGUCCAAUAAGAAAUCUGAAGUCGUAUUCGUAUUCAGCGUCACCAAAAACAUGCUAUUUGAUGUGUCACACGAAAAACCCUUAUUCUGAACUUUUACCCCAUUUGGGGUGGUGCUGGGGGCCAUGGAUGGGGUCCAAUCAAAAAUCUAACGUCAUAUUUGCGUUCAACGUUACCAAAAACAUGCAAUUCGAUAUAUCACAUGCCCAGGAUUUUUUUUGAAUGUUUCGCCCCAAACCGGGGGUAGGGGGUGCUCCCCCUCCAUCAAGAGAUCCCAUCUCGAAACUUGAAUAUUUCAA